GGUCUAACUCCUGCCCCCCUCUGUCUCUUUCCAGAUGGCUCAGAACCUCCGAGACUUUGCCUCGCGGAUGCCCGCGGGAGGCCGUGGUGCGGGAACUGCCCUGAAGCUGAUGCUGGGAGCUGGGGCCCUCGUGUACGGUGUGAAGGAGUCUCUUUUCACAGUGGACGGCGGCCAGCGGGCGAUCAUUUUCAGCCGGCUUGGAGGUAUCGAACCCAACACCAUCCUUUCUGAGGGGAUCCACCUCAGGAUACCGUGGAUCCAGUACCCGAUCAUCUACGACAUCCGGGCCAGGCCGCGGAAGAUCUCCUCGCUGACGGGCAGCAAAGACCUGCAGAUGGUGAACAUCGCCCUGCGCGUCCUCUCGCGCCCGAAAAUCAACACCCUGCCGGCCAUGUACCAGCAGCUGGGCCUGGACUACGACGAGCGCGUCCUGCCCUCCAUCGUCAACGAGGUGCUGAAGAGCGUGGUGGCCAAGUUCAACGCCUCACAGCUCAUCAUCCAGCGGGCCCAG